CGCCAGCCCGCCAGCAGCCGGCCGAAGCGCGAGGGAGGAGACGGCGGUCGGAGCUGCGCCGGCAGCCAAAGUGCAGAGGGACAACGGCCGACUGCGGAGAGAUGCUGGGCGUGGCGGCAGGAAUGACCAACAGCUGAGAAGAGCAUGCUGGAUUCUAAAAUCCAAGGCCCAUUUGGCAGCCAGCCUGCCCAAAUACAUGAUGACUUCAGGAGGCUGCAGGUUCUUUGGAACCUAGACUGGAGGAGCAACAUGGCCAAUGCCCUGGCCAAUGCCACCUGUGAGCGCUGCAAGGGGGGCUUUGCGCCCGCCGAGAAGAUAGUAAACAGUAACGGGGAGCUGUACCAUGAGCAGUGCUUCGUGUGUGCCCAAUGUUUCCAGCAGUUCCCAGAGGGACUCUUUUAUGAGUUUGAAGGAAGGAAGUACUGUGAACAUGACUUUCAGAUGCUCUUUGCUCCUUGCUGUCAUCAGUGUGGUGAAUUCAUCAUUGGCCGAGUUAUCAAAGCCAUGAAUAACAGCUGGCAUCCUGAGUGCUUCCGCUGUGACCUCUGCCAGGAAGUUCUGGCAGAUAUUGGAUUUGUCAAGAAUGCUGGGAGACAUCUAUGUCGCCCCUGUCAUAAUCGUGAGAAAGCCAGAGGCCUUGGAAAAUACAUCUGCCAGAAAUGCCACGCCAUCAUCGAUGAGCAACCGCUGAUAUUCAAGAAUGACCCUUACCAUCCAGACCAUUUCAACUGUGCCAACUGCGGGAAGGAGCUGACUGCUGAUGCCCGGGAGCUGAAAGGAGAGCUGUACUGUCUGCCAUGCCAUGAUAAAAUGGGGGUCCCCAUCUGUGGCGCUUGUCGACGGCCCAUUGAAGGGCGCGUGGUGAAUGCUAUGGGCAAGCAGUGGCAUGUGGAGCAUUUUGUUUGCGCCAAGUGUGAAAAGCCAUUUCUUGGACAUCGACAUUAUGAAAGGAAAGGCCUGGCAUAUUGUGAAACCCACUAUAACCAGCUAUUUGGUGAUGUUUGUUUCCACUGUAACCGUGUUAUAGAAGGUGAUGUGGUCUCUGCUCUGAAUAAGGCCUGGUGUGUGAACUGUUUUGCCUGUUCUACCUGCAACACUAAAUUAACACUCAAGAAUAAAUUUGUGGAGUUUGACAUGAAGCCAGUCUGUAAGAAGUGCUAUGAGAAAUUUCCGUUGGAGCUGAAGAAAAGACUUAAGAAACUAGCUGAGACCUUAGGAAGGAAAUAACUUCCUUUCUUUUGUUUUUUCUCUUCUAUGCAAAGAAAAGAGAUUACCAACAUUACUUGACUUGGUCCACCCUGUUUAAAGCUGUAUCUCAAAAUAAUUGAGAGUGAAGAGGGCCUAUAUGAAUGGUUUUCUUUAUCUCCUUUUUCUCAUUAAAAAAGAAAAAAAGCUUGUGUAAUCAUAUUUAAAACACAGAUGAGAUCAUGAUGCUUUUGUUAGAUACCCUAUCAGUUUGUUGAAAGGUAGACUAUACUUAACAGCAAAAACACAUGGUUAAAUGUUACAUGUUAAUCAAGGUCCAAAAAAAUUAAUUUAACUUUUAAAAAUGAAAAUAGGGAGUUAGCUUUCACAUGACUCAGAUACAAUAGAAACAUUAUUUUACUUUGUAUUUGAAAGAAAAUAAAUUCCAACAGCUGUUGGGGAGGAUAUAAGGAAGAAAAAUAACCAACCAAGAAAAACAAAUCUUGUAGAAUGUUAGUAUGUUUAUCAAACUAGUAGUUAUAAAAUGAAUAUACACAUUACUAAGACAAGAAACAAGUGCAUUCAAAACUACUUGAUUUCAUUUUUUGUUAAAUUCAAUAAUUACUAUGCUUAGUUUUAUAUUUUGUUCUCCUUCUGAAACUCUUCCUUCAUACAGUUACUUAACAUAGUAGUUAUAGCUAGCUAAUAGUAUGCCUUUUUAAAUUUUUUGCAAAAAAAAUUUAUACUAGACAUUUGAAAAUUCAGUACACUUUACAAUAUUGGAAAAAAUGAAGUAUUUUUUAAUGGAUUACAGCAAUUAUGCUUCUAAGCUUAAGGUCAAAGAUGUAGUCUUAGAAUAGGACACAAAAUUAAAUUUUAUGUAGCUUAGAAUGUAUCGCUUAAAAACAAGUGAAUUUAUAUGUAUUGGUCUUCUUGCCUUUAUAACCAUGCUGACUAAUAUCUGUGCUUCAUACAUAAUCAGACUUGCCUUGCCUUAGAAACAUACUUAAUUCAGGAAUCCUAGCUGUUUCAUGCAAUACCAAAAAUAAGUGCAUUGAUUGAGAUUUGUAAACCCAAAUUCAUUUGCCACCACUAAGAUGAGAUUUUUUUUUCCUCUCCUUUUUUUGGGAAACACAUUGAAAUUAAUUUUUGUCAUCUUAUUAAAAGAAUGAUAUUGAUAGGUGUUUCAAGUUUUUCAUUUCAAAUCUCAUAAUUGGAUUUUAUUUAAGUAGGAGGUAAAAAUGACAUUUUUAAAUUGGAAGAGGAUGUUUAAAUGUCAAUUUUAGAUCAAAAGUAGUGAAUCAUUCUACUUUAUAAAAUGUUUUUUAAAAGUUUAUCCUGAAGUUUCUAGACCAUUCUUUCUUGGCAAACUUGUUUGCAAUGCAAAUUUUGUGAGCAAUUGUUAAAUGUUGCUGCUGCUAUUUUUCAUUUAAAAGUAAGUUCCCAAGACAGACUUCUAAGGAGGAAAGUAUUGUUUUUUUAAAAAGUUGCUGAAAUACUGUUUUGCCAUUAAAAAAAAAAACACACCUCAGGAUGCUACUCCCUCUGCCAUUAAAGUAUUUGUAUGCAUGUAUUUUUUAAAAGUUUGUGCAUGCACUUUACAAGAGUAAAUUCUAUUUUGGUUUUCAGAUAACUUAUAACCAAUUAUUUUUUAGUGUUCUUUUAGAGUUCAAAGAAUUAUCAAUGAUUGAAAAUAAACAAUAUAUAGUUUAAGACUGUAUAUACUCAGAAGUUUAAAACAGUCUUUGCAUUGCACAGUAAGAAUCAAAAUCCCUCUGUGUGCCUUCGUCAGCUAAUAUGUAACCAGCAAGGAAAACCUUGUAAGUAUUUAUUAAAUACUAUACUAUGGAUAUAGGCCAAAUAGUAUAGGCUUUGGCAGUUUGGGGUCUUGAUGCUAAAUUCUCAAAUACUCCUACGGCAGAAAUAAGGAACAGAAGAGCAACCAUUUACCCAUAGUCUUAAUCAUUUUGAAGAUGCAUGAACUCAGCUCAGCUUGUUUACAUAUCUUACACAGCCAGGCCUCUCCUGUAGCCAGAUGUCCCACUACUGUCUUUGCUCACUCUUUUAAAAUAAGAAUUGGUAUUUCCUGGAAGUUCUAAUACUCUAGGGUAUUUUGUCUAGAUACAAUACUUCCUUCCUUGAUAAGGGACAUCAUUGGAGCCCUUACCUGUGGGAAAGGAAGAGGAAGUCGAAAAGUUGCAAGUGGAAUAGAAGACUUGGUUGAGUUCAUAAUACUUUUCAUGGGGUUUUCCCUGGCUGUGGAAAAACUCAGGCUAGUAAGCAUUUCUCUGUUUAAAGUCCUACAAGGAAAUUUGAAAUAAUUCAUUGUUCUUACCCAAUUUCUAAGUGCUCUUUUUCAUACCAAGCCUAACAUAAUUGGGGGAAAUGUCUGGGUACAAGUAAAACAUUCUUUGGAUCAUGUUCAAAGCCUUAUUAAUAUUGUACCUAAAAUGAUAGGUCAUUUUGCCUCACUUGCCAAAAUAGCCAGUUCUAAGUUAAGGAAAUUUUGAGGUAGGCUUACAGCAUUAUUGUUGUAUUUCAUUUUAGAAUGUAAGCUCAAUGGCAGGGACACUAUAUUGUUAAUUAUGUUUUUGUAUAGCAACCAUUGCAGUAUACUCUUGGUGCUUAAUAAAUGUUCAUAAUUAUUAAGAGUAA